AUUUUUUUGUAUUUUAUUUUAGUUAGGCCACACUUGUUGUUUAAUUAUGCCCAGCAAAAAGAAGAAAUACAACGCCAGAUUUCCUCCGGCAAGAAUUAAGAAGAUCAUGCAGACAGAUGAAGAAAUAGGAAAAGUCGCUGCAGCAGUUCCUGUUAUUAUUUCGAGAGCUCUUGAGCUUUUCUUAGAGUCUUUGCUGACGAAGGCUUGUCACGUCACCCAGUCGAGGAACGCYAAGACGAUGACGACGUCACACCUAAAGCAGUGCAUCGAGCUGGAGCAACAGUUUGAUUUCCUCAAAGACCUGGUGGCCACGGUGCCAGACAUGCAAGGAGAGGGGGAGGAGAACCACACCGAGSGGGCAGGAGAAAAAGCCCCGCGGAGGGGAAGAAAACCAGGGUCUGGGCGCAAGAACGGAGGCACAGGCUCCAAAGGCAAAGAUAAGAAGCUGUCCGGCACCGAGUCCGAGCAGGAGGAGGACUCCGAAGACAGCGAGACGGACGGAGARGAGGAGGACGGCUCUCAGUCCAGCACAAACCAGCAGGCGGCAGCCGUGUUCCUCAGCUCAAACGCUCCCRCCCAGUUUGUGCAGAUGGGCAACGUGGUGUCGAUGGGCAGCCUGGCUCCAGCUCAGCCCCCGAGCGGCGUGGCCUUCGCCCCUCACCCCUCCAUGAUGAGCACCGCACCGCCGCCGCCACCGGGCCCCACGCCGCACACGCACGAGGACGAUGACGAUGAAGACUACGACUCUUAGCUCACACGCACGCACACGCACACACACACACAAACACACACACAUGCGUUCAGAUUCUUCGUAUUGAUCUUCUGGCGGCUGCUCCAACCAGCGAAGGGAAAGACUCUUCAUUUGCAGCCCGGUGACAGAAAAGCUGUAAGAGACGAAAACAAAACAAAACUUGUUGUAAAUUAGAUGUUUUAAUUUUUUUUUUUAAGAAUUUUAUUUUAUUGUAGAGAAUUGUCCAUCGCGGAUGUUUUUUAACAAGUCACUUGUUAGUUAAAAAGAAAAAAAAAAAGAAAAAAAAGGGCAGUUGUCACUGUUUUUUUGUUUUCUUUUGUUGUUGUGAGCCCCUGCAGACAGGAUAAGUGUAGUUUUUGUUGCAGUUUUUGUUUUUUUUUUCUCUCCGCACUUAGCUUUUUUUUUCUCAGUUCUCUAUAUAAUUAAUUUGUCAGAUUGACGGGGAAAUAAAUGGACGAGAGGCAGUUAAAGCCUUGUUGCAGCGUUAUAAUACCAAACAAGCUGAGAUGAGCUCAGGGGGGGUUUUGUGGAAGCAGGGCUGAAGGGGAACCCCAUCAUCAAAUUGUUGCAUCAUCAGGUUAGCCUUUAGCUCAUCAGUUGGAGAUCAACAAGCCAUAUUUUCUGUUUCUAAUUUUAAUUUACAUUUAUUUCUUCAUCGAGGGGAACUCCUCAGCAACAGCCCUGAUUUCAAACCAUGUCAGAUUUCAUUUGGUUCAUUAUUUUGACGCUAACAGCUGGAGCUUCACUAUUAAAUCAUAGGACCAUAAAUUCCCCUUGAACUGCUCACAGCGACUCGUUGGACCGUGUUUUAUUUUUGUCUCAUCUCAUUUUCAAAUCUGGCCACACACACCCUUUUUUUUUCCUCUUCUGUUUUCCCUCUUUUUUAUGUUGUUUUAAAUGACAGCAGACACGGGGCUCCUGUUUGCGUCAGUCUCAUGAAAUGGUUGCGAACAGACAGUUCACACUGUAUUGUAAACUUUUAAUGUUCUUUUUAUUUUGUAUGGGUGAAAUAAAGUUCUUAUUUCAAUAA